UCACGCAUGUUUAUUCAGUCGGAUGGAUCGAAAGUUUCUCAGGUCACGUUCACGUUAGUGAAUGUCUUGAAUAUAAUCUAGAGUGAUUUUACAAUCUUUUUAAGAAUCCACUCAAAGAUGGCCGACCUAUUCUUUGCUAUCGCAGCUAUCAUGACAGUUAGCCAAGUAUUUUCAGCGCCAGUUACCAAAUGGAUCGACUUAACCUAUCGAUUUGCUGAAAACGAGUCCAUCUAUUGGCCAGUAGAAGGAAACAUUCCUUUUAAAUAYGAUUUUGGAUAUCGGWYGGCUUACGGMGGGUCCUUCUUUAUAGGUAAUAAAAUCACUACGGGAGAACAUGGAGGAACACAUAUGGACGCUCCAAACCACUUCAUCAAAGAUGGUAUAGGAAUGGACAAGAUCAAGAUUGAGGACGUGGUAGGGUUGGAGGGGAUUGUUGUAAAUAUUUCAUCAAAGGCAGARAGCAAUCCAAAUGCCGAGCUKACAGUGAGUGACUUACAAGAAUGGGAGAAGAAACAUGGAAAGAUUCCARACAAGCCAGCCGUCUUUAUGUAUUCUGGAAGAGGACGGUUUUACCCUGAUAAAGUCAAGUACUUCGGUWCACAGACUCCAGAAAAUGCAUCUACCCUGAAUUUUCCAGGAUUACAUCCUGACGCAGCCCAGUGGUUGCUAGACAACAAGAAAAUCAAACUCUUUGGUCUCGACACACCAUCAUUUGAUAAGGCCACCACACCAGAYGCCAAAACCCAUUUCAUCUUGCUUGGUGCUGGAGUUCCUGGAAUAGAGAACGUCGCCCACCUGGACCGUCUACCUCCAAGAGGCUUUGAAGUGUUUGCAGCUCCCGUGAAGACCAAAGACGGCACUGGUGGACCAGUGAGAGUUUUUGCAAGACUUACAGAYAAGAAGGAAGUUAAUGGAGUCGCUCAURUUCACAUGCCUUGUGCUAUCGUUGCCGUGAUGRUGUUAGUUCAUCUUUUUUGCAUUUAAAGACGGUUUCUAACAAGUAGAAURUUUGCUCACUUUAUAGAGCCCACMCAUCGUAGUUUUUUGUUUGUUUGUAAAACCGUACUCUAGUUAAUCAAUUUUUUCAAUUAUGUCUCCUUUUAUCCAUUUUGAUAAUUUAGAGGGUUGUCAUAAACUUUUAAUCAAUAACGAAACUGCUAUAAAGUUGACUUUAAAAACCAUAGAAAAAUCUAUAUAAAAUAAUUAAAGCCACAUAAAGCAUAAAGACAUUCUUUAAAACGACAGAACUCGUCAC